AGUGUGUAUGGGGGAUGACGGGUCCCCUAGGGAGCCUGGCCUGAGGACGGGUCGUGGAGCAGCCUCUGUAGUGAAGGUGUGAGCAGCUGUGGCCGCCACCAGUUGUUUCAUCCACUCACGUCUCUCCAACAUGAGUUCUGACUCGCCCAGAGUUCCAUGUGAUGUGAAGGUGGAAACAUCUUCAUCCGCAUCUGGAUAUGAUGGCAUUAUCCUGGUGACAGACUCCCUGGAUAAACUUACAGGGGCUUUGGACAACCUUCUGGCUCCCCUUAAAGCUCAAGCUGAAUUUGAUGAAUCCUUGGUAAAAGAUGGUGCUUGCGUGAAAGUAAAUGUUCCAGCUAAUCGCCUUGUGUAUGCACCAACUGGGCCUCUUACCCGUGAUUAUGAUGAUGUGCGAAGGUUUGCAGAUGCAGCUGAAUCCGGGAUAAAAAGAGGUUUAAAAGUUGGGAUGAAACGUCCACUACUUGUACGUGCCCCAGACCAGAGCUUCCCUCAUGCUGAUCUUGUUACGUUACUUGGGGCUCUUCACGCUCUUUAUGUUCCACUUGAGAUAAGAGAGGAUGUACCUGAGAAAGCAUCAACAGUUUCUUCACUGGGCUUUUUAGGUGACAACAAAAUGGUUCAAUUAGCCCUUGCCUUGGAGAGUGGAAAGACAGUGGCACGAGAUAUUGGGGGAUCAGAUCCUGAACGCAUGGCACCACCUAGGGUUGAGGAGUAUGUGAGGAAUGUAUUCCAAGGAACCAAUGUGUCAAUGGAGGUUGUGUCUGAUGAUGCUAAGCUCUGUAAAGAAUACCCCUUAUUCUCUGCUGUCAAUAGGUGUGCCAAAGGUGUACUACGUCACCGGGGCCGUGUGAUCUACCUAACUUAUGAAGGUGUUGGGCCAAUUGAACGUACUCUCAUGUUGGUUGGUAAGGGUGUAACAUAUGACACUGGUGGAGCCGACAUCAAAGCUGGAGGUGUAAUGGCUGGCAUGCACAGAGACAAAUGUGGAGCAGCUGCUGUGGCUGGAUUCAUGCAGAUUCUUGCCAAGCUUCAGCCACCAAAUUUAAAGGUGAUUGGUGCCAUGGCAAUGGUACGAAACAGUGUGGGAUCAGACUGCUAUGUAGCAGAUGAAAUCAUCACUUCCCGUGCUGGAGUACGUGUACGGGUUGGAAACACUGAUGCAGAAGGGCGAAUGGCUAUGGCUGAUGUUUUGUGUCAUAUGAAGGAAAUGGGUAUCAAAGAAGUAAAUCCAUAUCUAAUGACGAUUGCAACACUCACUGGCCACUGUGUCUUAGCACAUGGUGAAGCUUAUUCAGCUAUAAUGGACAAUGGCCCAGCUCACUUAUCCAGUAUGGCUCAGACAUUACAGGCUGCUGGAGAAGAAGUUGCUGAUCCAUUUGAGAUUUCAUCCAUCCGGCGUGAGGAUUACGACUUUCACUGUGGUAAAAGUGUAUAUGAAGAUGUACUCCAGUGUAACAAUUUACCCUCGUCACGCACACCUCGUGGACACCAGACUCCCGCUGCAUUUCUUGUAAUGGCAUCAGGUCUUGACAAGCAUGGCAAGGACAGCAGUCAGCCACUAAAAUAUUCCCAUGUGGAUAUUGCAGGUUCAUCAGGACCAUUUCCUGGUUUUCCCACAGGUGCUCCAAUUCUUGCAUUAGCCAAAGCGUUCAUACCUAGUGCCUUCCGAUUUGUGUGUUGUAUUAUAAUUGAAGAAGGGAGAUAUGGUAAGUGGCAAGAAAAAUUCCCAAAAAUGCACAGUAGUAGUCAAAUGAUAAGCUUUACACAAAUUUAAUACAGUAUUGACUUUUUUCUGCACAGUACUUAAAUUUUCUUAGUAUUUAUUAUAUUGGCAUUACAAUGUGUCAAAUAGUAGACCUAAGUCUUAGAAUGCAGCUGUGAUAUCCAGAGACUUUGAACUCGGUCCAUUUUAAAGUACAGUACAGUAUAAUGCUUAUUUUUCUAAACUUUUAUAUUGUUCUAUUUUCCAAUACUUAUGCUGCUGCUCAACUUGAGAAUAGAAUUAAAGUAUUAUACAAUGCACUAGAAUGUAAAAUUUUAACAUUAAAAUUUUUAAAUAGU